AUGGCAGGUGAAGACCAACUCAUACACACCAAUCCCACCAACAUGCCUCCGCACCCCUACCGCAACAACCCAUGGGCCCUGUACCGCGCGCUCGACGAAUACAGCCAGACGCGACACCUCAUGAACUUCAAGGAAACCAAGCUCCGGGUCGCGAAGCAGCACCUCGAGUCCAUGCAGCCCAAGCCCAAGACCGUCAUCGAGUUCGGAACCUACGUCGGCUGCUCCGCCAUCGCGUGGGCGGCCAUCCUGCGCGACCUGCACGGGCCCUCGGCGGACAACGACAUCCACAUCUACACCUUCGAGGUGAGCGAGUCCAUCGCCCAGGUGGCGCGGGACUUCAUCGAGCUCGUGGGCCUGCAGGAGGUCGUGCACGUCCUGGUGGGACCGGCGUCCGAGUCCCUGCGGGGGCUGGUCGAGCAAGGCAAGAUCGCCCCCAGCGGCGUCGACAUGGCGUUCUUCGAUCACUGGGAGAAGUUCUACCUCUCGGACUUGCAGCUGUGUGAGGAGCUGGCGCUGUUCCAUGUCGGGUCGAAGGUCAUUGCGGAUAACACGGAUAUUCCCGGCGCGCCGGAUUAUCUGGAGUAUGUGCGGGCUGGGGGUAAGGGAGGGGAGGGAGAGGUGCGUUAUACGACUCGGUCGUUUGAGACGGAGCAUGUGGUGCAGGGGCGGCCGAAUAUCGUGGAAGUGACAGACGUCGUGGCUGUCCGGUCAUGA